AUGAAAUAUCUCGGCUGUAAUCCCCCUAAAAGAGGUUACAAACGAGCAGUGUAUAUCAUAUUCGCCAUUUUUCACAUUCUAUGCAUAUCCAUCGUACUGAACGCUCUCGAUUGGCUGGAAUUCGUCAGGGUGUUCAGAUACAACGACAUGAAAUUGAUAAUGCUACGAGCCACUAUGGUUCUCUUUUCGCUAGUCAUGGGCCAAAGGAUAUUGUUGUUCGCUUGUACUUUCAAAAAGUACCAAAUUAUUAAAGAUGCGGUGAAAAGAUCGUCCUUCAACUUCGAAUGCUUUGGAAUUAAUAACAUCAAUGUGGAUAGCGUUUCUAAUGGUUCCUGUAGAAAGGAGAAAUUGUCGUUUAGUUCCAUUUGGACGGGAGCUAAGUUGUCUUUUUCCGAAUCAAACGAACUGGAAUCGUUUCGUUUAAAAAGUAUGGUGGAGAUGGGAGCGCGCUGCUCGGCAAUUUUAAACGCAGAAAUCGCAUUGUGCGUAAUACUUUCGAUAUUCUGGAAUUACAAGGAAACCCAUGGCGAAUUGUUCGAAGAUUACAAUCCGUAUUUGAACAAAACUUCCUUGUACAGGAAAACUCAACUUCGGUUUUAUAUGCCUUUCGAUUCUUCUUUGGAAGGUCACGAUGCUUUGGCCACUUGCGUUACCUUAUACACUCGAUUUGGGAUAUUAUUGCUAUUUUUACCAAUUGAUAGCGUGCUGCCCUCUAUCUUAGCUUUUUUAAUAGCUCAAACCAGAAUUGUACAAGAAGCGUUUAAAUAUGUCGAUAAAAAUAUAAGCCCAUCACAAAGUCCCAGAAAUGUGUUUUUAAUAAAAGAAAUAAGAAUUGUCAAAUGUAUCAACGAAUUGCAGGAGAUAUACAGGAUCCUGGAUAUGCUUCAAAAUUUGUACAGCUUCCAAACGUUACUACAGUGUGGACUUGGAACAUUUUUAUUGUGUACUUUAGGCUAUAUUGCUCCAAUGGUAAGCGAUGGGUCAGAACUUUUCUGCUUCGGAACGUUUUUGAUUGCUGUCACCGAAGAAAUAUUCAUAUUAUCAUACGUUUCUAAUACUCUAACAAUUGAACUUCAAAAUGUAGCGAUAGAUCUCUACAACAUCGAAUGGGACUCUUAUCCAAUAAGAGUGAAAAAACUCAUCGAAUUUACUUUGAGGCGUAUACAAAAGCCCGCUAGUCUGACAGCCUGCAAACUUUUUAACAUCGACUUAGCGGUUUUCAUUCAAAUGUUGCAAACGGCUUAUUCAUUUUACACUGUAAUAAGCAGUACAAGUGAAAAAUUGGUGGCUUAA